AUGUCAACUGACAUUUGUUAUGAAAUGGAUGUAGUGUACAAAAAAGAACGACUAACUGAACAAUGUAAUCAAAAUUACACAGAAGCUAAUACUACUAACAGUAGUAUUAACAAAUUAAAUAAUGAUUGCCUACUGCUCAUAUUCCAUUACUUGCCAAUUGUUGAUAGGAUUCGAAUAGAAAGAGUGUGCAAACAUUGGAAGAACGUGAGUCAAGGUUCUUGGCACAACAUGAAAAGCUUAGACUUGCAUAAUUCUAGUUGGGGAUUUCUAUCUGAAACUAAAACAAAACAAAUCAAUAUAAGUACUCUUCAGAAAGUACUCUCACGAUGUGGCAAGUUUUUAAGAGAGAUACAUUUAACAAAUAUAUUUUGUGAAACCAGGGAAAGUGCAUUGUGCAUUAUUGGAAACUUGUGUCCUAAUCUACAAAUCAUUAAUCUCGGGUACCUACAGGUAACUUCAACAGGAAUAACAUCAUUAGCAAAUAACUGUCAUAAUAUAACAAAACUCAGCUUAGAUACUAUAUGUCUUUUUGACAAAGACUUGGAAAAAUUAUUUAAAGCAAAUAGAAAGCUGCAAUAUCUGAGAUUGAUUGACAAUAAUAUUUCCGGCAAAUGUUUAUUACAUUUGCCUCCGAAAACAAUGGAGGAAAUUAUUAUAGAAAGAUGUGAUUGUGUUUGUGAUGAUGAUAUUGUAGAGGCAAUUGCAAAUUUAAAGAACUUGAAGUGUCUUAUAAUUAAAGAGUGCUUUGAUGUUUGGAAAAAGACCACAGAAGCUACUGGUAAAUACUGCACAAAUUUAAGAACACUAGAAAUUAUUGGAAAAUCAAGUUUGUUACAGUUCAAUGGUAUAUCACAUAUAACUUCAUUGACUGAUCUUAUAAAUUUGAAAGUAAGUGCAAAUUGGUUUAUUGGCAAUUCAAUUCUUCGGAAACUAAACUUGCAUUGUCAGCAACUUAUUUAUUUAGAUCUUAGUGAUAUUCCAGGGCAUUUUAUUAGAGAUUAUACUUUACAAGCUAUAGAAAAAUUUACAAAUCUAGAAGUAUUAAUAACACAUGAUUUGUAUCAAGUAACAAGCAAUGAUUUCUUGAACUAUGGAAACAUUUCUGAAACAACUGAGGAUGAUGUACCAAUUAGAAAAUUAUUUGUCAGUAACUUAGCAGAAAGGACUACAUACAAAGAUCUUAAUAUAUUGUUUUCUAAAUAUGGAAAUGUAGAAAGUUGCUUCUUAAUAAGGAAUCAAGGAAAGAGUAACUAUGCUUUUGUUACUUUUGAUACUGUUGCAUCAGCUGUAAGAGCUAGAAACGAAGGUAUACAACUACACAACAGAUGCCUAAGAGUGGAGGCAGCAGAUUCUUGGCAUCAACCAGAUAAUAUAGAGAAUCAAUAUUACAGUAAAGAUUGGCAAAAGUCUUAUGAGAAACAAUUAAAUGAACCAUGCAAUGAAAUUUUUAUUCAAAGUAACAUUACAGACACUAGCAUUCAGAUAUUAAAUGAUGAUUGUUUGAUACAUAUUUUUCUUCAGUUACCAAUCAUAGAUAGAGUUAGAAUAGAAAGAGUUUGCAAACGAUGGAGAGCUUUGAGUCAAGAAUCUUGGAAAAGUGUAAAAAAAUUGGAUUUGUUAUGUAUGGACAGUUCUGUACUUUCUUCCUUGGCAAUCAAUACACCUAUUCUUCGUAAAAUUCUAUUACGAUGUGGUAGAUUUUUAAACGAGAUAAAUUUAUCGCAAGUAGAGUCUCGAUUGAGUCCCAGUACAUUGACUAUUGUUGGGAAAUUGUGUCCCAAUUUACAAAGAAUCGAUGUCACUGCUCUCACUGUUUCUCUAGCUGGUAUAAACUCACUGAUGAAAAACUGCCGUAAUAUUACAAAGCUCAGUCUUGGUCCGACCACUUAUAUCUGUGAUAGAGACUUACAAAAAUUAUUUAAACUGAAUCCGAAAUUACGGUAUUUCAAAGUAGUCACUGGUAAAAUAUGUGGAAAAUGUCUAUUGCAUUUACCACUGGAAACAAUGGAAGAAAUUGUUUUGGAGAGGUGUAGUUAUCUCCAAAUACAGUGUUUAUCUCAGGCAAUUGAAAAAUUACAGAAUUUGAAAAGUCUUACAAUUAAAAACUGCCUGGAUGUUUCCACCAUUGUAAUGCAAACUAUUGGUAUGCAUUGUACAAACCUAAAAAUGUUAGAACUCUCUGAACUUUAUAUGCCAAUACGAUCAAAUGAGAUAUUACACAUUGCACAAUUGACGAAUCUUGAAGUUCUAAAAGUCAGUAGAAAUGCAAUGAUCACAGAUGAAUUCCUCAGUAAUUUAGCAUCAAAGUGCCAGCAACUUAUUUAUUUAGAUAUUUCGGAGUGUGAUUCCGUUACAAGCGUUGGUAUAGCAGCCGUAGCAACAUUACAGAAAUUAGAAACAUUAAUAAUGAAUGAUAUGUUUGACGUAACAGAGACUGAUAUGCAGGGCAUGUGUAGUUUGAAGAAGUUAGAAUGUCGUGGAUGUUUUUUUGGUGAUACAACAAUGAUCAAACUUCUAGCAUCUGCACCUCAAUUGGAAUUAUUAGAUUUAUCAUACUGCCAUGGCAUCACGAAUUUCACAUUGAAGAAAGCUGCUAAGGUUACUGUCAGUAGAACUAACAGUACAGUCUUGAAAAUCUUUGUCGGGAACACUGCAGUGAACCUAAAGAAAUUCGAGGAAGUCUCUCCAUUUUUGCACAUAGUUAAUGUAGCUUGUUGAAUUUUGUACCGAAAU